UGUGAUCACCGACCAGGUGGGCCUCCGGAAGCUCUUCGUUUCCGAUAGCCCCGUUCUUUCGGAGCGCCGAGGGCGGUUCACGCCGUCUUUAAAAUUCUGCAACAUGUUAUAAAGGAAAUCUAGGUCCAAAUUCCAUCUUAGUAUUAUUGAAUGGAAGGACAGUUCAAGCGAUGUCGAGUGUGCUGAUUACAGGAAGCUCCCGAGGCCUUGGCCUUGAGCUGGUGAAGCAAUUGGCUUUGCGGACAAUCGGGGUAGAUCUUAUCGUCGCAACAGCUAGAGAAUGUAGCGCAGCUCUGGAAGAUGUCAUCGCACACACAGAUGGUCGCGUCUUGUUCGUGUCCUUGGAUGUCUCUAAUUUGGAGAGUAUCACUCGGUCCGUCGAGCAGGUCAGGUCCGCCCUCGGUCAGCGCAGACUUGACAUUCUCAUCAACUGUGCAGGUGUACAUUCGGAUACCCCAGGCGGCGUGGCCCACAUGACCGACCUCGAGUAUCAGCUGUCGGUGAAUGUGUCUGGUGCUCACAACGUGAUCCGUUCAUACAUCUCUCUGAUGGAGACUGGGGAAGGGAAGAAGAUAGUCAACAUCUCGACUGCAUAUGCAUCCAUAACUCGAGCGGCAGAAGUAUCCUACGCGCCUUGCCCGGCUUACAAAAUCAGCAAAGCGGCACUCAAUGCUCUGACUGUCCAGUAUGCCAUGUCCUACCAGGAUGCGGGCUUUAUCUUCCUGGCUGUCAGUCCAGGGUGGCUGCAAACCGACAUGGGUGGUACAGAUGCCGACCUCACGGUCGAAGAGGGAGCCAAAGCAGUGGUGGAUGUUGUAAUGUCUGCAGACAAGGAUUGCAAUGGGCGAUUCAAAAACAUCCAAGUGCCGAGAUGGGCGGCUUAUGACGGACUCGACAUUCCGUGGUGACGAGCUAGACUCUUUCGGCUCGGAUGUCCGAGCAUUUUAGGCAGGCGGGGCAUUACGUCAGCAGAGCGGUGUCUCACCCAUCCAUCGCAUCUUUUCGCGCUUCACAAUUACGCUUUUUUCUUAGCUGGAACGUAUUCCCCGUAGGUAGCGCGGGAUUAGUAUCUAGACGCUAUGCUAUAGCCGACGACAGGUUGA